AUGCAAUACGGACGUCUUCAUUUUUCUGCUCCUCCUACUGUUUAUCGUGGUGGCAAUGGUGGUGGUAAUAUCGGUGUGGUUCCUUAUAUGCCUGACUAUCCUGGCAGUUUUAAUCAACCAGCGAACAGUCCUGUUGGUAAUAUUCUUCGUGCUAAUUUUAGUCAACUUAGCGGUGGAAGUCCUCCAUUUGUAUAUACGCCACCCCGACCAGCUUAUCAUUUUCUCUCACAAUCUAAUUCUCCUGACAGUUUUAGUAGUCCAUCAAGCGGCUUCAGUGGUAUAAGUCCGAUUCCUUUUCCUAGUGGUGGUUACUCUUCAUAUGGUGGUGUACCUUCUCAAGUCUUACCUUUUCUGGGUACACCUACAGCUUCGUCCAUUCCUCCUCCCGGUUGGCCCUUUCAACAGUAA